UGUAGCCCGAACUGCUUCUGACCGCCACACAAAUGAUUAGUUUGGCUAAAUGACUAGCGCAAGAUAAAGAACACUUAACAUUUUGUGGACAGUUUCGGUAUAAUCAAUCAUGGACGAUCAGGGAUGCCCAAGAUGCAAAACAACAAAAUACAGAAACCCAUCCCUGAAGCUGAUGGUGAAUGUCUGCGGUCAUACUCUAUGCGAGAACUGCGUGGAGAUGUUGUUUGUGCGGGGGUCUGGCAACUGCGUCCAAUGCAACACCCCCCUGCGGAAGAGCAACUUCCGCCUGCAGCUCUUUGAAGACCCAGCCAUCGACAAAGAGGUGGAGAUCCGCAAACGUGUCCUGAAGAUUUAUAAUAAGAGGGAUUCGGACUUUCCCAGUCUCGGAGAGUAUAAUGACUAUCUGGAACAGGUGGAGGAAAUUGUGUUUAACCUGACGAAUAAUGUAGACAUUGAGAGUACCAAACAGAUAAUGGAGCAGUACCAGAGAGAAAAUAAAGACCUCAUCCAGAGGAACAAAGCCAAACUGACGCGGGAACAGGAGGAGUUGGAGGAGAUCUUAUUGUUGGAGCAGCAGGAUUCAGAGCAGCGGCGAUUGGAGAACUUGCAGGAGGAGCAGAGGCAGCUACAGGCCAAGAGAAAAAACAAGCAAGCCCUCCUUGAUGAGCUGGAGAGUUCCCUGUUGCCAGCCUCUAUUCUUCUGGCUCAGCAUAAGGAGCGAGCAGCUCAGCUGGAGAACCAGAUCGAAAAGCAGAAACAAACGGUCAAACCAGCCACCAUCUUCUCUACAGGCAUACUGAUGGGUCAGACUGUCUCUCUGGCCCCUGUAGUCCGGUUGGAGGAAGAGCUCUACGUCUACCAGCCUCUUCGCAUCCAAACGCUGGGCCCCGCAGUUCCUGAGCUGGAGCACCUGGCCAGGCUCGGGUAUCUGAACCACGUGCGAACAGCGACGCCACAGGACGUAGCUGGCGGUUACACGGCAGGACUCGCCUGCCACCGAGCAAUACAGGACGCCUUCAGCGGGCUCUUCCCUUCAUUUACAUAACACACGCCCACCUCUCCCUCCUCCACAGAGCACGCUUCCUCUGAGAGCUGAAGGAAAACUUCUGCAGUAGGAAUUUUCUUUUCCUCUUUUUCAGAACUGGAUUUAAGUUUAAAAAUGGGACACUUAUUGCUGCUCUUUAGUGCAAGUUGGCUGACUAAAGAGGAAGCACACUGUAUUGUACAGAUAUUUUGUGGAUUUUUGAAUGUUUGUUUAAAUAAAUUUCCAAAAAACAAAUCA